AAAAUGUUUUUCAAAGUGACGGCCAUAUUGUUGCUCUCUAUCGAAUAUUUGUUAGCUUCAGAAAAUUCGACAAUAGUGCAAUCAUUACAAUCACCUGAACCAACAACAUCCUUUGGUAAUACAACCACCCGGAAUACUGAGACAACCGAGAAUGCUUCUAACUUUGUCACAGAAAGCCUGUUGAACAUCUCAAACCCUUCACAUCAAUUGCAUCCAGAGCCAAAAAUUGCCAUCGAACCAAAUGAAAAUAGUUUAAAUUCUUUAAAACCAAGAGGAAAAACAAAGUUCAUUUUCCAUAAUACAGUACAGCAUGCUUUAAAUAACCGUGAAGUUCCAAGAAACGAAAUCACAAAUCAAGACCAAAACGAUUAUUCAAUUGAACAACAAUUAGACGACUUGCAACAACGCCAACAAUUACAACUAGCCACAGCUGAGAAAGAAGAAUUCAUUCAAUCCGAACUUCAUAAUCUUGCUAAAGACAUUGCUGAAACUGAACUUAAUCGUGAAGCAGGCAAAACAAUUAACAAUAAUUCUCGUCCAUCAUCAUGGAAAUCAUUCUUUUCCAGCAUAUUUCCCCAAGGAAUCAUGAAUGUUUUUCAUUUGAGCGUUACUGCUGAACCAUCACAGAAAUCCAAAACACAAACAAUAAUAUCAGAGGGAAGAACUAUUACGUCAAAUGAAGCUUAUGAAGGCAGAAAAAUAGUCCCUGGUUUAUCAACUUUACCAAUAACACCACCAUUAACAAUGACCACACAACUUCUAAUAACACCACCAUUACCAACAGUUUCAACAAUACCUUCAGUUGAAGAAUCAGUACCUUCGGUAUUACCAACAGAAAUUGAAGAAACCCAACAAAACGGAACUGUUAUGACUAACAAAGAUGUCUUCGAUAUUAACAGCGCUGCUGAAGUCUCAGAAAUGCCAUUCGAAACAGUAAUUCCAAUGGAAUCUAGCAAUAUCUUCCACAUACAUCCGCUAAAUUGUGAAGAAAAUUGCGCUGAGGAAUCUCCUGAAGAUUACAUCGAUGGUGAACAACUUUCUGAAUCAGGUGAUGAUAAUAUCGUAGCUUUUUCUAGAGAAUCUCCACAAAAUAUCUUCUACCCAACACCAAAACCUGAUUUACCAUAUCCUGGUGUAAUAAAUCAACUUCGAAAUACUGAUGUAUAUUAUUCUGGUACUGGACCGCAGACAAGUGAAGAAAUUGUUAGAGAAAAUAUGAAAAAUUUCGGACAAAAAAUACCACCAGUCUAUCAUCCAGCGAAACAGCUGGAUGAUUUUCAAAAAGAAGUUGAAAAACAAUUUGACCAUAAUGAAGUUCGAAUUGAUGCUGAAGCUGCUUCGAGGAAGUUUUUAAAAUAUUUUAAGGGGAAAUAUGUGAAACCACAAGAUUCAACAGAUUCAACACAAUCUAGUACUUUUAAGGGUAUCAAUCAUUUUGAAUUAAUUGCUAGUACUUUAAGACCUGAAAUCAACUUUUUGGCACAACCUAGUCCUGUCAAACCAGAAAGUCAACUUCAUACUUAUAUUUACUCUGCUGGAUUUAAGCCCGAUUCACCACCAAAAUCGGAAACUUCUUCCGAUUCUUUAUCAAACUAUAAGACCUUUGGAGGAGAACGAAAUGUUAAAAUAGAAAAUGAUAAUGGUCCUUCUCAAGGCGAAAAGUCUUCUAACUCUCAAAACUUCUUCCUUCCAUAUCCCAACAAUAGCUUAAAACCGGAAAGUCUUCUUCAUACUUACAUCUAUUCAGCUCAGCAAAAUAGUAGUAGUAACUCAAAUACUAGCCCCGAAACUCCUAAGCCUGAAACCAAAGAAAUUAACGAAAAUAGUCCAAAUCAAACGGGCAAUCGUUAUACCAAUAUUUAUUCGAAAACUGAUCCAAACGACAACAAAAAUGAAAAUCCACAAAAUGAUAACGAAAAUAAUGUUCAACUCUACUCAACUAAUUUAAAGCCUGAAAGUCUUCUUCACACUUAUAUCUAUUCAGCCCAUGACAAAUUCAACAACAAUUCAAUUUCUUCCAAACCUUCAGAGUCCGAAAGAUCAUCCAAAUCUGAAGAUAUUUCAUUUUCAUGGGUUUCCAAUAAACCAGGGCAAGUUUCUAAGCCCCCAUCAACAGGAAAAACUUAUCUCUGCUCUUCGGAUCAGUUAAAAACUGGUGAUUGUGCAUAUUCAACAACUUUUUCACCAAAUGAUUUCUAUCAACCAAAAGAUAUUAUUGAAAUACAAAAAUCAUACGAAACACAAGUAAAACACACUAAACCUUAUGUUUAUUAUACUUUUCCACCAUCUCAACAACCUAUGUUGUCUAAAAAUCCAAUACGAGUUGAACAAGCUGAAGAUUCACAACAAAGUGAAAGUCUAAUUAUACCCGAAAGCUAUCAACAACGUCAACAAUAUCUGCAAGAUCAGCAGAAACAACUUAAUCAGCAACAAGAAUAUUUCCAACAUCAUCAAAUUCAGCAAUAUCAACAGAAAUUGCAAUAUCAACAGCAACAGAAAUAUAUUCAAGAUCAGCAGAAACAACAGAAACAAUUGGAAGAAUAUCAGCAGAAACAGCAACUUCAGUUGCAACAAUAUCAACAACAGCAACAAAAUCAGCAACAACAAUAUGAACAGCUGAAACAACAGCAGCAAGUGGAACAGCAAUAUCAGCAACAGCAACAAUAUUUUCAGCAGAAACAACAGCAGCAACAGGAGAAACAGCAGCAAGAACAAUUUCUUCAAGUUCAACAGCAACAACAUAAUCAGCAACAAAUGCAGAAGUAUCAGCAACAACAAAUGCAAUAUUAUCAGCAACAACAACAACAGCAUCAGCAACAACAAGAACAACAAAAGAAGGAACAGGAGCAAAAGAAGCUUAUAAAAUACAAUACCGUAAAAGUGGAGAAAAUAGUUCCCAAACCUUAUCCAGUACCAGUUAAAGAAAUUGUUGAAAAAAUUGUCGAACGACCAGUUCAUGUUGAACAUAUUGUUGAAAAGCCUGUAAAUGUUCCCUAUCCAGUGCGAGAAGUUGUGGAAAAAAUUGUUGAUCGACCAUAUCCAGUGGAGAAAAUUAUCGAUCGACCAGUACACAUUCCAUACCCUGUUCAAGUUGAUCAUUUCAUUGAUCGACCUUAUGCAGUUCGAGUACCUGUUCCGGUAGCAGUUCCGGUACCAGUUCAUCAAUAUAUAGACCGUCCCUAUCCAGUGGAAAAGAUUAUUGAAAAACCCAUUCACGUGCCAUAUCCAGUGGACAAGAUAGUAGAAAAAAUCGUUGAAAAACACAUUCCAGUUGAAGUUGAAAGAAUUGUUGAAAAACCAGCACCAACAAAAAAACCUGUACCAAAAAAACCUUUACCAGUAGUUCAUACAGUUUCGCCAGCAAAAAAUACAAAACAUAAAAUCAAUCCUGAAGAAUUGCUAGAACUUGUACCGCCACCUGUUGAUCAAGCGGUACAUGAUGGUUAUAAAACACUUCCGGAUGAUAUUGAAUUUAUUUUAAUAGAUGAUUAUAAUGGGCCAGUACCAUCACAUGAUAAUCAGGGUUAUCAAUGGAAUAAGCCAGAGAAACGUGCUACAGCAGGAAAUCAUAAUAUUAAAAGGAGUCCAGAAUUUCGAAGAAAUUUAAGAGUUGAAUAUGGUUUUAGGCCGCCAUUAAUUCCAUCAGUUGAAAUUGGUGAAAAAGGAUUAAUAUAAAAUAAAAGAAAUAU